CUAGGAACACAAAGCUGGGUCACAUGACCAGAAAAUGGUGGAGGCUCUCGUCAGCAGAUGAGCUGAGCAUCCCUGACUCUGAGAGAUACAGGCACACAUCUAUGAUCUUAAAUCCAGGUCAGGAGAGAGAACUGCAUCUCAGCCGUGGUGUUCCCCUUCUGGCAAUGUGUGGAUGGCCCAGCCUCCUGAACGCAAGAUGAGUUUUGAGGGGGCAGACAGUAGACCAGUCCCACCCACCUCCCUGCCACUACAGGGCCAAGAGGGCGGUGGCACACAGAGAAAAAAACUGUCAGCUCCUCUUAUUAGCCUGUCAUUGGACCAAAGUGAAGAUGACCUGUUCGACACACCAGAUGACCUCGACAUCAAUGUGGAUGAUCUGGACACACCUGAUGAGGCAGAUUACACUGACCAUGAAAUAGACUGGGAAGAGCCUAAAGCAUCCCAGAGAGAUUCUGUCAAAGAAACAAUCACACAUGCAGAGCCAAUUCCUACAUACACCGCUGAGCAAGAGAGGCAGGAUUCCAAACUCUGGAGAACCGUCAUCAUUGGAGAGCAGGAACAUCGCAUCAACAUGAAGUGCAUUGAACCUUACCAAAAAGUCAUCUCCCAUGGAGGCUACUAUGGCAAUGGUGCCAAUGCUAUCAUUGUAUUUGCUGCAUGUUUCCUGCCUGACAGUGACAGAGAGGACUACCACGAGAUUAUGGAAAAUCUCUUUCUUUUUGCAAUCAGUACACUGGAGCUCAUGGUAGCAGAGGACUACAUGAUCGUCUAUCUGAAUGGAGCCACUCCACACCGCAGGAUGCCAGGCCUCAACUGGCUCAAGAGAUGCUACCAGAUGAUUGAUAGGAGGCUGAGAAAGAACUUGAAAUCUUUCAUCAUUGUUCAUCCAUCAUGGUUCAUCAGGACAAUUCUAGCAAUCACUAAACCGUUUAUCAGCUCAAAGUUCAGCAGUAAGAUCAGGUAUGUGAACAGCUUAGCAGAACUAGAAGAACUCAUCCCAAUGGAGUACGUCGACAUACCUGAAUGCAUCAUCAGAUGGAACAGAUAAUGAAGGAAAACAGCUGCAAAUGUCCAGCAUGCAUGGGAACACCUUUAACUAAAGGCUUAUUUUCUUACUGUAAAUGCUUGAAAGUAGUUUAUUAGACAAAAAUAAAUUGCCUUCUGUGUGUAUGAUUUUUUUAACAAAACAUUUAAAUGUAUUUGUUUGUUAGAUGUGGGAAAGAAUACAAUUUAACAGAGAAUGGUCUGGGUAUCUCAGCGAAUAUUGACGCUGACUACCACCCCUGGAGUCGCGAGUUCGAAUCCAGGGUGUGCUGAGUGACUCCAGCCAGGUCUCCUAAGCAACCAAAUUGGCCCGGUUGCUUGUGAGGGUAGAGUCACAUGAGGUAACCUCCUCGUGGUCACGAUUAGUGGUUCUUGCUCUCAGUGGGGUGCCUGGUAAGAUGUGCAUGGAUCACGGAGGAUAGCAUGAGCCAUGAGGCUCCACAUGCUGGGAGUCUCCGUGGUGUCAUGCACAACGAGCCACAUAAGAUGCGUGGAUUGUCCUCCGCCACCCGGAUUGAGGAGAGUAACCGCGCCACCACGAGGACCUACUUAGUAGUGGGAAUUGGGCAUUCCAAAUUGGGAGAAAAAGGGGAUGAAAGAAAGAAGCUAAUAUAUAAUUUAGUUUUUAUUUGUUUAACAUUUUGUGGUCACUACAUAAUUCACAUACUUUUGAGUUAUUUCUUAGUUUCAGUCACUUUACUUUUAUUGUAAAAUGUGAAAAGAGCAGUUAUAAUAAAGAAAGUGUAGGUGUGUCUAAACUUUUGACUGGUAACAAAUAACUGACUGAUACAUAUAAAUGUGUUGCAAUGCAUCUUUGCCAUUAGUAUAUACAGAAUGAGAGUAAACAGGGAAGCCAUCAAGACACUGAUCAUUUGUGCAUGUAAAAAGCCUGUUCAGAGAGAGACAGUCGCUGACAGCUUUAGCUGUUGAAGAGGUGUUGGGUGUAUUUGUGAGAAUCUGUUCAGGAGUUGUGACUGUAUAAUUUAAAACCUGUGAAUACAUGUUUCCAUAGGAACAGACAUUUAAAAAGCUGGGCUAAAGGGCACCGUUAUUUGCAUAUGCACAUACAUACAAAGGACUCUGUCCUUUACCAGGGAUUCUCAGCUAUUUUUGUCUGUUGAACCCUGAACCCUUUACAGUAUAAUAUAAUUUUUUUUAUACAAUUUCCCACUUCAUACUUCUCUCCAGGUUUCCAUCCAUUUGUAUAUAUCUCACACUGUUAUUUUCUGGUCUGAAUCAAAUCUGAAUGACAGACAGUACAUUAUAUUCAUAGGUCAACAUAGAUCCUCAUGUGCCCCCUUUUCACAAGGUGCCCCGCAAGGCUCUGUCCUUGGUCCUCUUCACUUCUUCAUUUAUCUGGUCUAUAAUUCGUCUUCUUGGUCUUCACUAUCACUGAUGAUACACAGAUUUAUCUAAGCAUGUAUUAGAAGCAAGUACCACCGAUAUUAAGUAGUGGGUAAACUAAAAGUUUCUCAAACUAAUCCCUUCCAGGAUAGAAAUCAUGCUUAUUGGAUCUCAAACUGUAAUUUCCCAUUACUCAGAUUUAUCAAUCGACACUGAUGGAGUUAAAAAUGUCUAUGACCUUGACAUUACAUUCGACCCCUUCCUCAACUUUGAAGACCACAUCAGCUCCAUGGCUAUAACUUUCUGCCAUCUCCAUAACAUAGCUAGCCUCUGCUAUAUCCUUAAUCACCUUCAUCACUUCAAGCCUUGAUUACUUCUCAUCGGGCGUCCUUCUAAAACUAUUUCCAGACUUCAAUACAUUCAAAGCGCAGCAGCCAGAGUCCUCACUAUUAUAUGUGGUCACACAAGAAUUAUAAAAUAAGUAUAUUACGCAUCAAUUACACACCUAAUGCAUGGCUUUGCUCUUCAUUUUGUUGCAUUUGUUCUAACAAGCUUUGCCAGUAAGUGAAAAAUUGGAAAUUGCAAAACUGGUCCAUUCUUUCUUAAGUAAAUUGAAGGCACAUCAAAUCAUAUUUACCAUCUCUGAUCUUAUAAGUACUGUAUGAACUUUACAGAAGGACUUCAAUGCACCAUCAGGACUACUCUGUUCCGAUGUAGUUUCAAAUUCUGACUUCCUAGUAUCCUUAUGUUUAGGGGUAGGUGUAGGAAUGGGCUUUAUGGGUAGGGACCAAUAAGGUUAGGGUUUGGGGAAGGUGUAGGGGUUGGCUUUAGGGAUAAGGGCCAAUCAAUUAGCAGGGAGUCAGAAUCUGGUGGGGAGUCAGAUUUCGACACAACAUCGACUUUCUACCAUAGGUGGAAGAUCUUUUGCUUUCAUGGCUUGCAUAUACUGGAACUUACUCCCACAGACCCUCAGUGACAUCACCUCUAUCACUGCCCUCAAAACUCACACAGUAUUACUCCUGUAAAUGUUCAUUUUGUCUUCCUGUUGUCUCUCUGUUCAUAAUGCUAAGUUUGUCAUGCAUUGAUACUAUUCUUUCAUUUUGUAUUGCCAGUUGUUUAACUCAGUGUGCUCAUUUACUCUACUGUUGUUUUCUUUUUUCAUGUCACUAUGUCUGUUAUAUACAGCUUUGUUUUACCCUUAUGUUUUAUUUCUGCCAUCAUUUUUGAUUGUUAAGUGUCCUUAAGCCUUGGAAUGGAGUUAUAGAAAUUAAUAUAAAAUAUGAUUAUUAUGAUUAUUAUUAUAAUUUAAUAAUUUUUGCC